UGUACCUUAGAGAUUCUUGAUGUAAACUUACCGAGUUACGUUACCGGUACUGUACUUUUUGUUUUGUUCAGGAUGGAGAACGGUUCUGUUGAUACAGAAGAUAAUGAUGAAAUUCUUUAUAAAGAAUUUGUUUCUGUACAUGAAAAACAACUUUUAUCGCUGUCUAUUCCACAGAGCAAAUGGCGAAUCCUACAUUACAAACUGAGUGAAUCGAUUUUUGAUGCAGGAAAUGAUUUUGCAUAUUCUCAGGAAGUGUUUGUGGAUGAUCCAGAGGAGAAAAAGAAUAGUGAUUCUUAUCAUUGGCGUGUUUACACCAAAUGUUCUAUGGAUCCAAAUGAUGAUGAACACAUUUAUUUAAUUGACCAUGCAUGGACCUACACGUACGAAAAUGCACGGAAGUCUCUGAUGGAGAAUGAAAAACUGAUUGACAGAAUGUGUUCCAUUAUGAAUAUUUCGAACGAAAGCCGUCCAGUAAAUGAUAUAAUUGAUGAUAUUCUGAAUGAAAUGUGGAAAUACAAUAACUCAUACAGUGUGUACAGCACAAAUCGGGAACAUGAAGUAACACGAUGUUGGUUCAUCAUGGAUGAGUUUGGUUCACGUAUCAACCAUGCAGACGAACCGACAUUUGAAGUAGUGCCUUUCUUCUAUUCUGACGAGCUCUUGAUGUAUUCUUUGCUUUUUCCAAAAAUCAAUGUUGAUGUAGGAGAAGAAGUUACUUGUAGAUUUCCAAGAUUAAGAAAUACCAUGUCGGAAGAUAUGCAGAGAGCUUUAAAAUUCCCAUGGGAACCCUGUGAUUUAUCUGAUGUAACUUUUGCCCAAUCUGAACCUGAUGAAGAUUAUUUUAAAUCUGGAAGACGUUUGGAGAAUCUUCCAAAAGUCGAAGAAGUGCUUCCACCGGUGAUAGAUGAGGAAAAAAUUACCGUAUAUACCGAGUAUCCGGAAGUCGCAGAGUUCUUGACCCAUCCUCGUUUUCGAAUAGUUUCAGAAAAAAAAGAUGCCCGUGUGCUGUGGCUGUCGGAGCUCCUUUAUGACUAUAAGAAUCUUAUAGACACUUACCCACUUCGACCUUAUGUAAACCAGUUUCCAUCAGAGCAAGUUAUAAUAAACAAGGACUUGUUAGCGAUAGUCUGUCGAAGAUCUUGUGCCCCGGACGAGAUGUUUGACAUGAAUACUUUGCGGUCGAAUCCAAAGUGGCUGCCCACCACUUUCAGCUUGUUGAUAGAAUUACCCCAGUUCAUCUCGUACUUUCAAAACAGAGAAAAACGGCAUCUAGAUAAUAUUUGGAUAUGCAAACCAUUUAAUAUGGCCAGAGGCUUAGAAAUUCACAUCACCGAUAAUUUGGUUCGCAUUUUGCGACUGAGCGAAGCUAGGCCGAUGGUGGCAUGUAAGUACAUCUCUGACCCUGUUCUGUUUCCUGUAGAAGAUAUCGGUUUGGUAAAGAUGGACAUUCGGUAUAUAGUUCUGUUGAAAAGUGUUCAUCCAUUGGAACUCUAUGUUUAUGAUAGAUUCUGGCUUCGUUUUGCUAACAAGCCAUUUUCUUUGGACCACUUUGAUGAUUAUGAAAAGCAUUUUACCGUCAUGAAUUAUAGUAAUUUCCCAUUACAACAGAUGUACUGUCAUGAUUUUAUUGAAAAAUUUGAAGAUCAUUAUUCUUGUUUUAAAUGGUCUGAUAUUGAAAAAAACAUAUAUGGGAUGAUUAAAGAAAUUUUCGUUGCGGCCACGUCGAAGGAACCCCCGUCUGGAAUAGGAUCUUUUCCAUAUUCUCGAGCCAUGUACGGACUAGAUAUAAUGCUGGAAUGGGAUAGAAGCGAUGAUUUGCCGCAAAUUAAUCCCGUCAUACUCGAAGUAAAUUGGAUGCCAGACUGCAAAAGAGCAUGCCAGUACUAUUCCGAAUUCUACAAUGAUGUAUUUGGUGUCCUGUUCCUCGAGGAACCUGUCGAAGGCAAGCAUGUUGUUAAGCUGUGAUAGAUUUUCCGAAAAUUAUUCGACUUCAAAUGUUCUCUUAUGUGCUUACUUUUGUUUCAUGUUAUGAAAGCUCAUUCUUGCAACACUCCAGAAUUUUUCGUUACAUUUUUAUUGUUUUAAGUUUAAAAACAACAAAAAUGUAGUGACGAUUUAAGUUUAAGAACUUAAGAAUUAAAAGUUUAACAACUUGUACUUUCAAUAAUUAAACUUUAUGUGAAAGUUAAAAAAAAUUUUUUUUGACUACUUUAUUUUAUUAUUAUUUGAUCCAAUGUUUGUUAUUCAUGUACUUAUACAAUUGAAUAAUGUUAAUUUUUUUCUGUUUUCUAAAUGGUAAUAAACAUUAUUUUCUAUGAAA